UCUCAGUUCGGAGUUCUUUUCUGGCUUAUCCUGGGACACCUAUGAGUUGUGGGACUUCGCUCUUGUCGUCUUUAAGUGGACAGCGCGCAUGCGCUAACUUCCUCUUUUUCCGGCUGGAACCAUGGAGGGUGCAGAAGAGAAGAAAAAGAAGGUUCCUGCUGUGCCAGAAACCCUUAAGAAGAAGCGAAGGAAUUUCGCAGAAUUGAAAAUCAAGCGUCUGAGAAAGAAGUUUGCUCAAAAGAUGCUUCGAAAGGCAAGGAGGAAGCUUAUCUAUGAAAAAGCUAAGCAUUACCACAAGGAAUAUAGGCAGAUGUACAGAACUGAGAUUCGAAUGGCGAGGAUGGCAAGAAAAGCUGGCAACUUCUACGUACCUGCGGAACCCAAAUUGGCGUUUGUGAUCAGGAUCAGGGGUAUCAAUGGUGUGAGCCCAAAGGUUCGAAAGGUGUUGCAGCUCCUUCGCCUUCGCCAGAUCUUCAAUGGCACCUUUGUUAAACUCAACAAGGCUUCAGUUAACAUGCUAAGAAUUGUGGAACCAUAUAUAGCAUGGGGGUACCCAAACCUGAAGUCGGUGAAUGAAUUGAUCUACAAGCGUGGUUAUGGCAAAAUCAACAAGAAGCGAAUUGCCCUGACAGAUAACACAUUGAUUGCCCGAUCUCUGGGUAAAUAUGGCAUCAUCUGCAUGGAGGAUCUGAUUCACGAGAUCUACACUGUUGGAAAACGUUUCAAAGAGGCAAACAACUUUUUAUGGCCCUUCAAAUUAUCUUCUCCACGAGGGGGAAUGAAGAAAAAGACCACCCAUUUUGUAGAAGGUGGAGAUGCUGGCAACAGGGAAGACCAGAUCAAUAGGCUUAUUAGAAGGAUGAACUAAGGUAUCUACCAUGAUAAUUUUUGUAAUCUGGUCUGCUAAUAAAUGACUACUCUCAUGGAAA